CCACCCGGCUGGAAGAAGUAGCAGGGAUCCGGGCGAAGUUCCCAACAAAAAUCCCGGUAAUUGUUGAGAGAUACCAUAAAGAGAAAUACCUUCCUCUCUUGGACAAAACCAAGUUUCUUGUUCCCGAGGAGCUGACCAUGACGCAGUUCAUAACCAUCAUCAGAAGCAGGAUGGCUCUAACUGCUACACAAGCUUUCUACCUGCUGGUGAACAACAAAAGCCUAGCCAGUAUGUCCUUGACAAUGGCAGAAGUGUACAGGGACUACAAAGACGAAGAUGGCUUUGUGUAUAUGACAUACGCUUCCCAGGAGAUGUUUGGAUGCUUUUUACCCACUGCUCAAGGGAAAACUAUGGAAUGCCUUCAAAAAAAUUAAGGUUGGGUCCAUCUGCUGCAGUGAAGCAGCUUGAUAUGAAUCAUGCCUGUGACAUGAACCUCGGAGAUGCUCCUUCCAAUAUGAGCUCUUGAGCUCUGUAGCGGGGAGUUAUGACCCAAAAGCUGGCAGGACC